AUCCAAUCUAUCAAGCAAAGCGUGGGCAAACAGUCCCCGCCAUUGCCAAACCAGGCAACAGAGUAUUCUCAGCAAAAUGAAGCUCUCACUUCUUUCAAAGAGCCCGACCCACCGCGGCUAGGAGUUCCAUCUCCAAAAAGUUCCUCUGCGGGAACAGAAGCAAGAUCUCUUGCUAUCGUGACUCCAACCCCUGGCACAAUUGCUCCCUCCUCAGUAGUACAUACACCUGUGAGCAUCGUUGUUGGUCAGACCCCAGCCGCCGAGCCAACGCUCCCGAGAGCUCUAGGUUCACAGCCAUUUUCUGGCGAAGAAAUCGAUUACUACUUCCAUAAAUAUUUCGAAUGCUAUCACCCUUAUAUGCCAAUCAUAAGGGUUAGGGAUCCGAAUAAAGUUUAUGAGUCUGGGCCUCUCCUUUUCUGGAUGAUCAUCUAUAUAGCCGCGCGCCGCUAUGCAAGAAGUCCGGCGACCUUUUCAUUUCUUCUGGAAGCUGUCAAGCGGGAUGCCUUUGCGGCCGUCACCAGCCUCCCCUUGUCAAUGUCGCAAAUAAAUGCGCUUAUCUUGCUCUGUACCUGGAUAUUCCCGGAAGUACGGUUCGUCAAUGAUCCAACCACUCUUUUCUCCGGCGUCUGCAUGAAUGCAGCCCUCCAGUUAGGAGUUCACACCGGAAAAGGUUCCCAUCCGGAGUAUUGCCAUGGUGUCUUCAAUACUACUUUUACGGACGAAGAGGCUUCUUUUACAUGGGCUGGAUACAAUAUCAUUGCUCAGAGGGUAUCCUCGUCUCUCGGAAUCCCUCCGCUCGGUAAUCUGUUCAAUCAAACUAUUCAGAACGUUAUCGACGGCCGAACCCCUUUUCAAGUUCCCUCCACCUUUCGUGUCUUGUUAGAGUGCCAGAAGUUCUGUAACCAUGUGAGUAAAACUAUGAUGGCCUGUCUGGAAGAGUCGCGAGGGAUUUCGACCCAUAUGGUGCAGCUGCUCGAAGAUGAAUGGAACACUGUAAGGGGGCUUAUAUGCUCGGAACGUGCAGAUGAACUUGAUUUAUUCAACGCCCUACUGGUGCAGUUGGAAAUCCAAACCUACUACCUCAUGCCCCUGCCGGGCUACAACCCCGAAGCCCUCAAGCGCAACGUCCUACGAGCCUACAACUCGGCACAAGCCGUGAUCCGGGAGGUCCUCUCGCUAGAUCGCAGCGUGCAGUUCUUGCGACACAUAUCGCACUUCCACUUCCGCGCCGUGCUCUCCGCCUCCUGCGUCAUCUACCGCCUGAUCCGCUCCUCCUACAUGUCCUUCAUCGACUGCAAGGCCGCCGAGCAGUCCGCUACCGACGCCAUCGCCGCCUGCCGCCUCGCCACCGUCACCGAGGGCGACCUCCCCCACCGCCUGGGAAACUUGCUCGAGGGCUGGUCCGACCGUCUGCUCCGCACCCCCAGCGUCCGCUGGUCAGAGGACCCCGUCUCCAGCAUCUCCCAGCGCCUCUGCGCUAGCGUCGCCUACGACCUCAUCACCCGCUGGAAAAGCGAUAGUCGCUCUAGCCAGCCGCCGCCGAACUACGUUCCUGGGACUGCGGUCGCUAACCCCGCGGCCGCUGGGGGCGCUAAUGGUAUUGGUAAUGGUAGUGUUGGCGCGAAUAAUGUUCAGCCCGGCGCUGCUGCGUAUGCCGCCGGUACUCCUGCUGCGCCUGGCACCGAGGCACCGGGGUUGAUGGGAGGUGCGGAUGCGCUGCAGGGGAUCGAUUGGACGUUUAUGGAUGAUUUUGAUUGGAACUUUGAGCCGGUUAUGCCGGUGCUGACGGCGCCGACGUGAGGAGGGGAGAGGGUGUUGGUGGUGUCAGUGUUGAAGUUGGAGUUGGGAAUGGGAAUGGGAAUGGGGAGUUGGCGUUCGUGCUUAAGUAGGUGGCUACUUACGUAGCUUGACACCUGUGAAAAAAAUAGAUGCCCGGAUGCCCUCGGAUAGGGGUUCCGCAGGUAUACCUAGUAGUAUUUCCGAAAUUGUGGUUUUGGCUCGGAAGGAUAC